AUGGCCGCGCUCGCGCGACGGUCGUCUGUGGGUAGCCUCAGCGUGCCCAAUUCUCCGUCACGGGCAAAGGGAGGCGUUGGCGAGGGCCAGCUCUCGUACGACGAGGUUCAGGCCGAGUGCCGCCGGCUGCCUGCCGGUGGCCUCUGGGAGGACCGCAGCUGGUCAGGCAAUGCGCUGUACAAGCCGCGCUCGGCAACCAAGUACAACGGCGGAGAGCCGAUCCGGUGGCUUCGGCCGACAGAGAUGCAUGGUGCCGACGCCUCGGGUGCCUCGACCCGGCUGAUUCGCGGUGGGAUGGACGCUGGGGACGUCGAGCAGGGGGAGCUGGGCGACUGCUAUCUGCUCGGCGCCAUGUCAGCCAUCGCAGCGGCGACAGACGACUCGGGCGUGCAGGGCGAGCUCUUUUACAAGCUGCUGCGCAACCGCGACGGGGCGGAUGACGACUUGAAGAAAGGAUUCUGUACGUUCCUCCUCUAUAAGUUUGGGACGUGGGCCGAGGUGACGGUGGACACGCUGCUGCCGUGCGAUGCCGCAGCCAAGCCACUCUUUGCGCAUGGCAAAGAUCCCAACGAGUUGUGGGUGCCGCUGCUUGAGAAGGCGGAGCUGCCGCCCGUCUGCCCCCAAGCGUACGCGAAGCUGCACGGCUCUUACGAAGCGCUUGAUGGCGGCUCCGUCACUGCAGCGCUGGUCGACCUCACGGGCGGAAUCGCCGAGACGCUGGACUUGUCGGAGGAGGACGAGCUGCAAGAGCUAUACGAUGGCUCGAUGUGGAAGCGCAUGGUGCGCUACGCGAGCGGCACCGCACCAAAUUGCUUCUACCUGCUCGGCGCGGCGCUGGCAAAGUCAGACGUGCAGGACGACGGGCACCAGGAGGAGGUACAGAUGACGGACGCAAACAUCCUGGUCAACCACGCCUACACGCUGCUCGAGGCGCGCGAGGUGCCCGAGGGGGUCGGCGAGAAGGUGAAGCUCCUGAAGCUGCGCAACCCGUGGGGGAUGCGCGAGUGGUCCGGCCCGUGGUCGGACGGUUCGGACGAGUGGAAGACCAAGGCGGGACAGAAGGCUAAGGCGGACCUCCAAUACGCGCGGCAGGGCGCGGGUGGGCCUCCCGGUUGCUGGUGCAAGUAUGAGCUGGACGGAGAGUGGACCGCCGACAGCGCGGGUGGCUGCUUCAAUUUCCCCUCCUGGCGGACCAACCCGCAGUACGAGCUGGUUGUGGGCCAGGAGACCAACGCGUUUUUCAUCCUGAUGCAGCCCGACCCUCGGAUGGACAAGAGCAAGCUGAUCGUCAAGGGCGAAGGCGACGAGGGCGGCCCGAAGUACGACCACAAGAUCGGUAUGUACGUGAUGAAGGGGCACGAGCAGUUCUCACGCAAGGUAAUCUUUGACUCGGAAGAGAUCGAGGGCGACGACGUGCUCGACUCGACGCCGUACAUGGAGUACCGCGAGGAGGACGAGCCCAAGCUUGGUGAGGGAGAGCGGGUCGUGCUGUGCCCGUCCACGUUUAAGCCGAAUAAGCUCGGAAAGUUCCGGAUCAUCGUGCUCACCGAGAGCGCGCUGCUGCAGCCGCCGAGGCCACUGGCGCCCCUCCACGCGCUGCGCCAGGCGGGACGCUGGGAGGCCGGCACGGCCGGCGGCUCACGCAACUGUGUCACGUGGCGCAAGAACACUCAGUACCAGCUCAAGCUGUCGCGGCCGAGUCGCGUCUCUGUGCUGCUUAUGCGGCACGACGAGGACGCAACGACCUCGGAUAAGCCGCUCGGCGCCAAGAAGAAGAAGGCGAAGAACCCAAAGCGGAAGAAGGCCGACCGUGCCCUCUCCCCUUCGGUCUCGGCCGACAAGAUCUUCUUCAUCGGCUUCGUGGUCGUGCGGCCGCUCGCUGCACAGGCGGGGAAGCGGAUCGUGCACGUCGAGGACGAGGCGGUGCUCGAAAAGACGAGCUAUUCGCCUAACUUUGAGGUCAGUCGCGAGUUCCACUCGGGAUCCAUCGCUGCAGACCCAAACUACUCGGACGAUUGUUUCGUCAUCGUCCCGACGACCUUCAAACCCGACAUCGUCGGCGAGUAUGACCUCGUUGUGUACACCGACGACGCCUCGGCCACGCUCGAGCAGCUGCCCAAGUCCACCUGGCACGAGACGAGCGCGCGCGGCGAGUGGGUCGGCCGGUCCGCCGGCGGCUCCCGCAAUCACCCAUCGUGGGCUCAGCGCGACACAGCGGUGCACAUCUUUCUCCGCCAGCCGGCGCAACCAGGCGAGGCGGCCGUGUACGAGGGCAUCGGCUUCUACGUCGCGCGCGACGAGGACGAGUCGCUCGACCUGAGCGACGUGCUCUGCGAGUCUGGAUUCCGCAAGCAGGAGGAGGUGCACGCGACUAUUCAGCUUGUGGCGGGUAAGCGGUACCUGCUUGUGCCCAUGACGUACCGCAAGGGCGUGCACGCGACCUUCGAGAUCGAGAUUUCCUCAGACCAGCCCCUUGCCUUUGCGAAGCUGUCCGAGCAGGAGGCGCACGCCCGCCGGAGCGAGCAGCUCGAGGACGAGGCGGUGCGCACCAUCAUCCAGAGCUGGGCUCGCACCAAGAUCCGGCGCGAGCUGCGCAAGGGCCCCGCGGGGCGCGAGGAGGCGCGUCGGCUGAUGGACGACUUCUUCCGUAUGCCGUCCCGCCACACGGACGAGGGCUACCUCGAUAUCAACCUCGCGCUGAACGCGCUCGAGUCGGCUUUCAUCCAGCUGACGGGCAAGGGGGACGCCAAGGGCUCCUUCUUCCCGCGGAUGCGCGAGCGCUUGCGGGAUCGCAACCACAAGGUUGCCGAUUACGACGUGUGCCUCUGA